AUGACUCUUUUCGCCGGUGACCUACACAACGCCACAGUCGUAUGCACACAGGUGACUGAGCUGUUGACACUAAAUCGGAGGGACUUCCUUAAGGCCUGUGAAAACACUUCUCCACCACUGCUCGAAGAAUGCAUUCAGGGCUUGAAGAAUUCUUGGGCUCUAAGUGGCUGGCCCAUCGAUCGCAUUCCAAAAUAUCCCGGCAGCAUCUACAUGAUAACGACGUUCAAGUAA